UAGUACAUUCACUUCAAUUGAACAUUGAACAAUACUCUGGAGAUGGAAAGGUCAGGGAUAAUAUCUGACACCAAUCUAGAACAGCCAGGCUGAAUGAUCUUUUAUUUUUUAUCCUUAUAGCCACGCCUGUUGUACACGCAUCCGGGUGAACCCAUGUGAACCAUCACCCUCUUGAAGUCCACAAGUCAAUCAGCUAAGCAAAUCAUUUCAAAAAGUUAGCACAACAGCACCGCACAUCACCUACAAAAGUCAGCACAAGAAUAUCAGUUGAAAAGCUAACUGUUAGUAACAGCCCUAAGAAUGAGUUACCUUGUAAUCAGUCUCUGCUGAACUGAUCCUAUUAAUCAAAGGCCAUACAGAUAUGCAGGAGUACAGAAGGAUGUCAUUGAAAAGAUGACUCAAGAAUUGUUGCAAACGGGUAUCAUCUAGCACAGUGUAAGUUCUUUUGCUUCAUCUGUAGUUCUAGUUAAGAAGAAAGAUGGGUCUUGGCGCAUGUGUAUAGAUUACAGAACUCUAAAUAAGCAGACUGUGAAGGAUAAAUAUCCCAUACCCCUCAUUGAAGAGCUGUUAGAUGAGUUGCAAGGAUCAAAAAUUUUUUCUAAGAUUGAUCUUAGAUCGGGAUACCAUCAAAUUUGAAUGUAUCCACCAGAUGUUCCAAAAACAGCUUUCAAAACUCAUGAAGGGCAUUAUGAAUAUUUAGUCAUGCCAUUUGGUCUCACCAAUGCACCUUCUACUUUUCAAUCUCUUAUGAAUGAUAUUUUCAGAGUUUACCUUCGAAAAUUUGUCUUGGUAUUCUUUGAUGAUAUCCUUGUUUACAAUAAGAGCUUGGAAGAGCAUAUCUGCCAUUUGAGACAGGUAUAUAAGCUGUUGAGAGAUAAUGAGCUAUUUGCGAGGCAAAGCAAAUGUUUCUUUGGUUGUGAUAGGAUAGAUUAUCUUGGGCACUAUAUCUUUGAAGAAGGAGUUUCUACUGAUCCUAAGAAGAUUUUAGCUGUUCAGCAAUGGCCUCAAUUGAAGACUGUUAAGGAAUUGAGGGGAUUUCUCGGUUUGACAGGAUAUUAUCGAAGGUUUAUUCGGAAUUAUGGGAGUUUGAGUAAACCUUUGACAGAAUUGCUUAAAAAAGAGGGGUUUCAUUGGUCAAGGGAGGCUAGUGAAGCUUUUGAAUCCCUUAAGCAUGCUGUGACAACAACUCCAGUGUUGGUUUUGCCAGAUUUUUCCAAGGAGUUUGUAGUGGAGACCGAUGCUUCUAAUACUGGAAUUGGUGCUGUUCUUUUACAACAAGGGCAUCCAAUAGCCUUUAUCAGCAAGGCUUUGUCCUUAAGACAUCAAAGUUUAUCAGUUUAUGAAAAGGAGUUGUUAGCUCUAAUUUAUGCAGUGCGUAAGUGGUCACAUUAUUUGACUGGAAGGCAUUUUAUCGUCAAAACAGAUCACCAGAGUUUGAAUUAUAAAAAGGGCAAAGAAAAUGUGGUAGCAGAUGCCCUUUCUCGGGUGUCCAGUAACCAGCUCAUGCAAAUGGCAGUCUCUAGGAUUCUUCCUGGUAUUUAUGAAGAGGUGAAACUUAGCUGGGAAGUUGAUCCAGUGCUUCGGGAAAUCUUUGUUGGGAAUAAUGCUGCUCUUAGGAGGAAGUUGAUUCAUUUGGUGCAUGAUAGUGCAAUGGGAGGUCACUCUGGAAUUCAAGCUUCCACAAAAAGGCUUGCACUUUUGUUUUAUUGGAAAGGCUUAGAGAAAGAUGUGAGGCAGUACAUAAGGCAGUGUGAUGUAUGUCAGCGUUACAAACCAGAAAAUACUCCAACUCCAGGGCUAUUGCAACCUCUGCCAAUUCCUGAAGCAAUUUGGACUCAAGUUAACUUACAAAAUAUGCACAUUUCAUUGCCUUACAACACUUACUCAGCUCUUACUGUUGCACAAGCUUACAUGGACAAUGUCUUUAAGUUGCAUGGAUUGCCUCAAGAAAUUGUAUCUGAUAGGGAUCCCAUUUUUCUUAGUAAUUUUUGGCGGGAGUUGUUCAAACUCCAGGGGGUUGAACUGCAAUGUUCUUCUGCUUAUCAUCCUCAAACUGAUGGGCAAACAGAGGUGGUGAAUAGGUGUCUUGAAAAUUAUUUGAGGUGCAUGACUGGUGAUCGUCCGACGGAGUGGAGCAAGUGGUUACCUCUUGCUGAGUGGUGGUAUAACACUAAUUUUCAUACUGCUACCCAAAUUUCUCCAUUUGAGGUUUUGUAUGGAUUUCCACCACCAUUGCAUAUAGUUUAUGUACCUGGAGAUUCAGAUGUUGCAGCUGUUGAUCAAAGUUUGCAAGCUCGGGAAGCUAUGUUGAAGAAAGGGAACAAGUUCGCAAGCCACCGGAUGAAAUCAGUUACGUGGCAACACGGUGGGGAGAGUGACGCAGCGAGUGGCGAAGGGCGACUAUCCUUAGCGUUCCUCUAGCCAAAAUUUUAGACUACUGUUUGGUCUCACUCCUUUAGUUUCGCCAAUGAGUGCCACAUCAUUAGUUAAUGCCAUGUCACAUCCUACGCGACUAUUUAUUUUGUUAGAGUUAUGAGUUGAAUAACCAAAAUGUUGAUUUCGAUAAAGUUGGAUGACUACCCAAUAAAUUCACCCAUUAAUGAACUAUGAACAUUUCU